ACAGACACCAGCCAUACAGAGCCAUGGCCCCCUCUGCAAACUCCCACGGCCGCUCCCACAGCCUGCUGCUGCUCCAGAGGCUUCUGAAUUUUCGUGAUGCCGCCAGCCCUCUGACUCUCCUCCUCGACAGCCUCGAACAGCCCGCCCGGCCCGUCAUAUCAGAGCUCGUGACGAGAGCAAAGCUGGCAAAGACAAAAAUCAUCUUCCUGUCUUUCUGCACGGUCCGUAAGCCACGAGAUGCAGAUGUCCUCAUCAAAGCCGCCGGAAAGGAUCUAAACACAGUCAGCCGGGAGCUCUUGGCGCAGUAUCCCUCAUUUCAGGCAGCCAAUAUCAAGGACAAGACCGCGCAGAGGGCCGUCGUCUUCAUCGACUCAUUGAAUUCUCUCUCAUCGACGGCCACCCAGUCCCUGGCUGUCUUUCUGUCAAGCAUCAUCACGCCGGUAGUGUCCAUCGUGGGCGUAUAUCACACAGACGUCCCCGUCAUCCUACCAAAAUCAUCCAACGAAUAUGAGCCUCACCCGUUUACGCUGCUAUGCCACCUAGCCACAGCCAUCCUGACGCUAUCAAACCUGCGUCAAGAAAUCGAGCGCCAAAAGGCGCGCAACAGAAGCGUCGUAGAGCCCGAGUGGGGUCUCAAGGAACACCGCGAAGGCAUCCUCAUCGGCCUCGCAGAGAAGAGCAAGUCCGAGGACGACGCGGGCGUCGUCAUCAGCAUGGAGCUGCGCAGGAGGAGCGGGCGGGCUGUCGACGAAAAGUUCAUUCUCUUGCCGGCGGCAGCAGCAAAGUCGAGGCUGGCCAAGCUUUGUCUUCUCACGGAUCAUGCCAUGUUUAAGAAGCCGGACGCUGAGCGGGGAGAGGAAGGAGACGAACAGCCGGAGAGCACCUUCAACUUGGGGCUUACAGAGAAGCAGCGCAAGGAUCGAGAGGGGAUUGUGCUGCCGUACUUUGACGCGCAGACGGAUAUCGGGGCGGGCGAGGGAGGAAGAAUCUUGUAUGAGAUGGGCAGGGAGGAUGAUUUUGAUGAUGAAGAAGACGAGAUAUAA